ACUCUCAAAAAAAAAAAACAAAAAAAUGGUGGGCCAGGAAUAUCCGGGAAGAUGUUGGUGAUAUGAGAGUCCGUGUCAAGGAAGGCCUUGGUCACAAAUUCUCAAGUGGAGCCUUCAGUCCCGUCAUAAGGCUGGUUCCAGAGCGGGUGCUGGAUUCUGGCUAUCUUGAAAAGACGACUUUGAGGAGGCAAGGAACACAAGCUUUGAAAGUAGGUGUCUGGCCCGGGGUUCUCGUCUGUGAGACGCACAGAAUUGCAUCAGGUCCCUUCCAAUCCCUGAGAAGAGUGCCGUCCGGGUUUUACUGAGAAGGGAAGUGGACCCAGAGACCCAGAAGGCAAUGACCUUCGGGACUGGAACAAGCCCGGGUUGGGCUCUGACCCGCGUCCCUGCAGCCCGCCCACAGGCCUGGUGGAGGACGCGCUCCACCUGCAGAGGCGGGGUCCCAGAGCCCUCACCUGGGGCUAUUGGGAGUGCUGAGGGGUCCCAGGUGGGACACGGGGCGGGGCGGGGCGAGGGCUAAAGGGAGGGGUGGCCACUCGGAGGAGAGGCCCACCGUGGCGCCUUGGCCAACGCCAUGAACGCCAGCGGCCCUGGCUACCCGCUCGCCUCACUCUACGUGGGCGACCUGCACCCCGACGUGACCGAAGCCAUGCUGUACGAGAAGUUCUCGCCUGCCGGCCCCAUCCUGUCCAUCCGCGUGUGCCGCGACGUGGCCACCCGCCGCUCGCUGGGCUAUGCCUACAUCAACUUCCAGCAGCCGGCCGACGCGGAGCGGGCACUGGACACAAUGAACUUUGAAGUGAUCAAAGGCCAGCCCGUCCGCAUCAUGUGGUCGCAGCGAGACCCCGGACUCCGCAAGUCCGGCGUGGGCAACAUCUUCAUCAAGAACCUGGAGGACUCCAUUGACAACAAAGCCUUAUAUGACACGUUCUCCACCUUUGGGAACAUCCUCUCUUGCAAGGUAGUAUGUGACGAUCACGGCUCCCGAGGCUUUGGCUUUGUCCACUUUGAGACCCAUGAGGCAGCGCAACAGGCCAUCGCCACCAUGAACGGGAUGCUACUGAAUGACCGCAAAGUCUUCGUCGGCCACUUCAAGUCCCGACGGGAGCGGGAAGCAGAGCUGGGAGCGCGGGCCAUGGAGUUCACCAACAUUUAUGUGAAGAACCUCCAUGUGGAUCUGGACGAGCAGGGCCUGCAAGACCUCUUCUCCCAGUUUGGGAAGAUGCUGAGUGUGAAGGUGAUGAAGGAUGAGAGCGGCCACUCCCGAGGCUUCGGUUUUGUCAACUUUGAGAAGCAUGAGGAAGCCCAGAAGGCAGUGAUGGACAUGAAUGGGAAGGAGGUGAGCGGGCGGCUGCUGUACGUGGGCCGGGCCCAGAAGCGGCUGGAACGGCAGAAUGAGCUGAAGCGCCGGUUUGAGCAGAUGAAGCAGGACCGGCUGACCCGUUACCAGGGCGUGAAUCUGUACGUUAAAAACCUGGAUGACUCCAUUGAUGAUGAGAAGCUGAGAAAAGAGUUCUCUCCCUAUGGAGUGAUCACCAGUGCUAAGGUGAUGACAGAGGGUGGCCACAGCAAGGGGUUUGGCUUUGUGUGUUUUUCCUCUCCAGAAGAGGCGACCAAGGCCGUGACAGAGAUGAACGGGCGCAUCGUGGGCACCAAGCCGCUAUACGUGGCACUGGCCCAGCGCAAAGAGGAGCGGAAAGCCAUCCUCACCAACCAGUACAUGCAGCGUCUCUCCACGGUGCGGGCCCUGGGCGGCCCCCUCCUGGGCUCCUUCCAGCAGCCCGCCAGCUACUUCCUGCCGGCCAUGCCCCAGCCUCCAGCUCAGGCUGCGUACUACGCCUCCGGCCCCCCCAUGCAGCCCUCCCCCAGGUGGACAGCCCAGCCUCCGAGACCGUCCUCCAUCUACCCUCCAGGUGCCUCUGUGGUCCGGCCACCAGCCAUGUUGCGGCGCCCCCCGGCCCAGGUCAGCGGUGUCAGGCAGGUCUCUACCCAGGUGCCACCCCUGGUGCCCCACGCCCAAAGAGUGGCCCACAUUGGUACCCAGACCACAGGAGCCGGCGGGGCAGGAUAUUCUACGCCAAGUGGGUCUCUCCUGACACACAAAUACUCUGCAGCAACACACAACCCUUGGGUGGAGGAGCCCGCUGUGCGCAUCCUGGGACAGGAGCCCCUGACGGCAUCCAUGUUGGCCGCAGCACCGCUGCACGAGCAAAAGCAGAUGAUUGGUGAGCGUCUGUACCCCCUUAUCUACGAUACCCACACCCAGCUGGCCGGCAAGAUCACGGGCAUGCUACUGGAGAUCGACAACUCGGAGCUGCUGCUCAUGCUGGAGUCCCCAGAGUCCCUCAAUGCCAAGGUAGAAGAGGCUUUGGCAGUGCUGCAGGCACACCAGGCCACAGAGCUGACGACUGUGAAUGUGCUCUGAGACCAGGAAAUGGAAUCCUGCCUCCCCCGGCUGACGAGAGAAUGGCGUUCCCUGCUCUUGGCUCUCCGUCUCACUGAACCAUAACUUCUUUUUUCUCCCUG